AUGAGCGGCUUAUUCCGGGACCGACAGCGGACACUUUUCUCCCGAGAACCAAGUGACAGCGACGCGACUCCGAUGACUAGUGCAAACCUAAUUGAGGGAGCGACCUUAAUAGGCGCGAUGCUGGCGUACCCGUCGCGCUUAUACUCCUCACCUCAACCGUCGGGCUUGUCAUCAAUGUCAAUCUCGUAUGGUACUAUUGCAUACAACGCGGGAUUGGGGUUGAUCCACAUACUUUUCGUUUUUGCGAUCAUUGGACAAUAUCGGUUAGUUCGAUUUAUCCCGCGCUUUGUACUCCACUUAUUAAUGGCGAGGAAGGCGUUUUUUAUUCCGAAUAAGCGUACGCUACAUUCUUCCCUCCCUUCCUCUCUUGUUAUUUACGUCCAACAUGCACCUUGUAAAUUAAACAGCCUAUUCCUUAAACGGAUGUCGGCAUUGUCGAGGAAGAGGUAUCCCACUGUUCUCGCUGUAGGUUCCUCUUCUGUCUUUGGUGUAAAGGUUGACGACGGGGAUAGCCAAAUAGUUCGUCCUGUUUAUGCUUGGCUGGGUGUUUACGAUCGGGAAUGUUCCGUCACUGGUGUUAUCCUAAACUGCAACUCAACCAGACAUGCCAACCGAGAUCAAGAACAGACCGAAUUUCGUGAGGGUUGUGAAUUCGUUGGUGGUUUGGACGCUUUCUACUGGAUUGGUUAUGUGGUGGUUUCAGCUGUUGCGUUUGUGCUUACGUAUAUCCUACUCCCGGACACAUUCAUCGCGCUGGCUAUCUAUCUCGUCCGGGGGAACAUAUAUGCCAAUGCCGUUCUUGCACUAUUACAUGGCUGGGUUAGCCCCGUUUUCGAUAGGAUUCCGUUCCGCCGGUUACCUUACUACCCUCUCCUCCUCCUCCUCACUCUCGACGCCGAUGCCUUUCACUCCAUCUUGCUCGUCGUCAUUCUCUCCGAUCUCGUUAACGUCGUCUUGGAUGCCGCCCACGUUGGGUGGAGUACUAGUAGAUUCUUCGCCAAUGUAUGCGUCCACGCUGAAAGUACUAAGCGCCCGCUGUCAUUCCCUUUGCCCGCCACCUUUCAGGAAGGUGCUAGAAAGGAAGGUACGAUGCCCAAUCCUAGUUCAUCAAUAUCCUGCACUCCCAGCGAUGAUAUCAACGAUGCGUGCGAGUUCUAUGAAGAGCAUGCCCUCUGUCCUCGUCAACUUCAUGAACUCAUCCAUCCGCUCCGCUCAAGACCGCCGGUGAAGUCUGAGAAUUGUCCGGGGAGAACGUGCGACUGUGGGCCCGAAGACCACGGUGAAGUCGUAGUGUUGGCCGCGACCGUGAACGGAGGUUCUGGCUACGAACGUCUUGUCGACGUUUCGUCCGUCCUUCACCAGCCACUGAUCGUCAUCCUCUCUAAUCCGCAUCAUCGCCCUUGGUCGCCAGCCCUCGCUAAACCGUCUCCACCACCUCCCAUUGGUCUGUCCGGCGUGGCGUCGUCGAAUGCAGUGGGUAUCCGGGUAGUUAACAACCUGUACAUCGGUGAAACACGUCGUUCCUAUGUAGAAAUAGUGGUGAUUGUUGCCCGACUUGUCAUCUUGAAAUUGCCGUGGCAGGUGGUGUCCUCGUCGUUGAUGUGGUUACAUAACGCGAACACAGUUGAGGUACUUGCUUCGCCGCCGAGCUUCUCGAAGCAGCGCGAGGACGGCGUAAUGAAAGAUCGAAGCAAAAUCGCAAGAGCAAUAAUGUUGCUGUAUGAGUCUGGCCAAUCGUGGUGGCGUGGAGUCAGAGAGGCGAGGGAGGUCAAGAUAAGACUGAUGGGUGCACAAGGGGGUGCAUUCGAAAAGGAUGAUGAGGAGGCGCUGGGGACGUGGUCGAGCCAGAUGGUGCAAAGCGGGGAAGGGUCUGAGGAGUGCUGCAUACACAAUCCAAGAUAUCCCCUCUUUUGUCUCGUCACGGUGCCACUCGCCGCUUUCACCUCGCCCUCUCGCGCAUCAGCCCCAUAG